GACGUACGCGCCGGCAUGAGUGACGCAUCGGCUAUAAAACAUGUUGAACCGGCCGCGCGCCGGGAAACCGCCGCCAUGCUCCGACUCGCGUGCCUGCUGGCGCUCGCCGCCGCCGCGCCCGCGCUCGCGCGCCCCGACGCGCAGCCUGCGCUCACCACCUCAGGAGUAGGCAACACAUUAACCAAUGAGGUGCCCCAAGUUCCACAGGCGGAGGCGCCGCUGCACCAGCAGUACCCGCACGCGGUGCUGUUCGGCGGGGCCUGCGGGGGCACCAUCAUCCAUCCCAGCUGGAUCCUUACCGCUGGCCACUGUUCCCUUCUGCGCCGCAGUACGCUGUUCACGCCGGGGCGCAACGUGCUGGCCGGCACGGGCAACUCGGGCGACGGCAGCGGCGUGCGCCUGGAGGUGAAGAAGCUUUAUCUGCACCCGCUGUUUGCCGUCGGGCCCUACUGGGUCAACACGCGCGAGUUCGGCAUCAAGCAGGUGCACGCUCGCUGGGACUUCAUGCUGGUGGAGCUGGAGUCGCCGCUGCAGCUGGACGGCGUGAACAUCGCGGCCGUGCCGCUUGACGACGGGAAAGAUACCCCGGAGUCGCUGGCCGUCGACUACGCCGGUUUCGGUGCAACCCAUCACGGGGGCGUCAUGCAGCGGCACAUGCACGGGAUGAAGUUGCGGACGGAGAGCGACGAGCGGUGUUCCACUCUCCCUCAGUACAGCAAAGAAGACAUGCUGUGCGCAGUGGGCCGCACUGAGACGCGUGACUCAGCUUGCAACGGUGACAGCGGCAGCGGCUUGGUGAGCACGAAGAACCAUCGCUUGCUGGGCGUGGCAUCUUGGGUGCAGGACGACGCCAACGAGUGCAGCCCCGGCAAGCUGGUGGUGUUCUCGCGCGUGGCCGCGGCGCGCCCCUGGAUCAAGCAGGUCACCGGCCUCGACUUGUAACCGCCAAUAUACCCCUGACACCAACCUCAAAGGACUGCAUGACGAACGUUUACGUUUUAGUGAAAAACGCGACUGACUGUGUAAAGUGUAGUUUUGAAGAAUAAGUAUAGGUAUAUACCUACCCCGUUAUCCCGUUAUUUGACCAACCAACAUUAGUUUUAAGAGUUGCAUUUAAUUUGAACAGGGACGAUUUGCCCCGGAGUCCGCUUUUAGACGGAGUCGAAUCCUUAGAAAACAUUGGUCGAUUGCUGUGGUGGAGUAACUAUAGUGUAGUAGAGUGUACAAUAAUGUAUUUCAUAGGAUAUCGUAAUAGGUUGUUAACCUAAAUUAGCCAAGAAUUACAUUGGCCUCGAAGUAGCUGUACCUACCUACACCUGAACACCUGUGUGUAGUGUGUAAUGUUUCCGUCCCAAAGACUACGUAUGUACAAUUAAAGGCCUCUAAAUCUUGUGUCUCAAAGCGAAACCGCCUUAAAACAAUUUGACAUAGGUAGGUAAGAUACCUAUUACCUACUUUCUGAUGCCGAGGUAUAAAAAGCAGUGUUAUACUGGUUAUACCAAACCGCUUGGACUUGCGGAAAAGCAGAUUGUUCCGCUCGAUUAGAAAUUCGCUAUAGACUAAUAUAUGGACAAUAAAUCAGUGAAUAUUACUACAAAAUGACAGAAACUUAUUUGUUUCUUGUUUUAAUCCAUAAAAAAGCCGUAAACCUUAAAACACUGUAAUCUUACUUACGUUAUACAUAGGUAGGUACUAAGUAAAUAGUGUAGUUUUAGUUAGUAUGAACUUAUUGCACAGCAAUAUGUAGUAGGUAGUUGGCACAUACAGUCAGCAGCUAUAAUGGAUUGAGCCAACAGGAUAUAUUAAAAAAAAAACACCUGGUUAUUUUGGACACCUGGCCAGUUCUGCUGCUGACUGUACCUACGUAAAACAAAUGUGCCAUAAUAACGUACAAUAAUACAUACUUAAU